AUGUCCGUGGUCGAUUCCAGUGUGUUGCCCACGUCGCAUUCCCUCGAAUCGCUGCUGGAAUUCCGCUUCCCCUCCCUCACCGACCCGAUUGCCAUGGAUCUAAGCAGCUCCAUGCGCUCCCUCUCGAUGUACGACACCAACUUGCUUCACACUCUUCAACAACCACAGCAACAACAACAGCCGCAGCAGCAGAUUCCCUACCUCACUUACAUGACCCCAAAAGCCCCCGUUACGCAAGAGACUCUACUUAUGUUACCCUAUGUUGAAAGUUAUCUUAAUAAUAUGCAAAUGUUGGGAAUUCCGCGGACAGCUUAUGACGCCCCGCCAGACCCGAUGCAGAUGGUGAACAGGCAAUUCUUGCAGCCGGCCACCAACAAGACGGCGAUGGAGUUGUUGAUGGGAUUGGACAACUACGUGGCACUCAACGACAUCGGCUACGUCCUCAGAGAAAGCGGACACACCGACGCGGCCAGGAACUGCUUCGCGCGAGCCAUCGAACUCUGCCCCCAGUUCAUCGCCCCGUGGAUCAACAUGGCCGUGCUGUACAAGACGCAGAACGAACCCUGGCUUGCGAUCCACUACGCGGACAAGGCGCUGCUCAUCGACCAGACGGUGCAUGAGGUGCACGUGACGCUCGCAGAUCUGCUCCGAGAGGUUCAUUGUUAUGAUAGGGCCAUCCAAAUCUACAACCGGGCCCUCGAAUUGUCUCCCAACGACGCCUACGUGCACGCAAAGCUCGGCCAGAUCUACGUGGAGCAGGGAAAGUACGACAUGGCCGUGAUCUACCUCCAGCAAGUUGUCGACAUCCAGACCGACUACCCGGAAGCCCAAUGCAGCCUCGGAAAUGCGCUUUUCCGGCUCGGCCGCAUCGCCGAGGCCGAGAUUUGCUACCUGCGCAUCUUACAGCAACAACCAAACUGCCCCUCAAUCCUGACGAACAUGGCAAAUGUGAAGCAGGUGCAGGGGAACUUGGCCGAGGCAAAGUUCUUUUUCGGGAAAGCUGUUGAGUUCGAUCCAAACUACGAGCCAGCGCACAGCGGUCUCGGCAUCCUCUACCAACAAGAGCAGAAGGUCCGGGAAGCUUUCUGGCAUUACAGCGAAGCCGCCAGACUCGCGCCGAACGUUGCGAGGACCCACCACUACCUCGGGAAUGUGUAUCGGGAGCUGGGCGAUCCGCAAAACGCCAUCGCCUGCUACCAGCGCGGGCUCCUCAUCGACCCCACCUACAAUGAUCUCUACUUCCAGGUCGGCUUGGCCUACAAGGACAGCGGAAACUACCCUGAAGCCAUGCAAAGCUUCACGCGCUCCCUGAUGCUGCGCCCCGACCAGCCGGACGUGAUCUGCAACGCCGCGCACUGUCAGCAGCUCAUUUGCGACUUUACGGGUUAUGAGCAGAGAAUCCAAGAGCUCAACACCAUCGUUGACAAGCAGCUGGCCGAGGGCAAGCUCCCCUCCAUCCAUCCCCAUCAUACCAUCAUCUAUCCGAUGACGCACAAGAUGCGCCUCGGCAUCGCGACCGCCAACGCGAAUCUCUGCCUCCAAAGGAUCAACCUCGCACAGCGCCGCCCUUUUCAACAUCCGCCUGCGCGGAAGGUACUCCACCCGGGCGAGCGCCUACGCAUCGGCUACGUCUCCAGCGACUUCGGCAACCACCCGACCAGUCAUUUGAUGCAAUCCGUACCCGGGUUCCACGAUAGAACGAAAGUUGAGAUCUUCUGCUAUUCCCUGGCGACGAACGACGGCACGAAUUUCCACAGGCGGAUCAUCGACGGCGCGGAGCACUACUUCGACUUGUCGCAGAUGCCCUGCGACAUGAUGGCCGCGCAGAAAAUCUACGACGACAAGAUCCACGUUCUCGUCAACCUCAACGGGUACACAAAAGGGGCCAGAAACGAAAUUUUUGCCUUGACGCCGGCGCCCGUCCAGGUGAUGUGGCUGGGGUACCCGGGCAGCUCAGGCGCACCAUUUAUGGACUACAUCAUCACGGACAACAUCACGUCUCCAUUGCGGUUGGCCCACGCCUACUCGGAGAAGCUCGCCUACAUGCCGCAUACUUACUUUAUUGGCGACCACGCCCAAAUGUUCAAGCACCUCGCCGAGCGUGUCGUGGUGAAGGAGAAGAACGUCGCCCUCGGCAAGGAGAACCUGACCCUCGUCAACGCGAUGGCCCCUGGAUUGGAGGCGUUGGCGAAGAGCGUCGAACUGAAGGGCAUGGUCCACGAGGUCGAGGUGGUGCACGGGCCCGACAAGGAGUUGAUAAAGACCGAGAUGGUCGUCCCGAUCGUCGAGAUCCCUACCACCGAGCCCCUGAAGCAGAUGAUCGGCAUGGGGCUGAACGCGUCGCACGUCGGCGGGGUGCCUGUGCAAAAUGGCGCUGUUUCGUGCGACUUCAAGACGGCCAGCGGCGAGCAGCUACCUCAGACCAUUAUGGUGACCAGUCGGCAGCAGUACAGCCUCCCCGACGACGCGGUGGUGUACUGCAACUUCAACCAGCUGUACAAAAUCGACCCUCCUACCGUCGACAUGUGGAUCGAGAUUCUGAAGCGCGUCCCGAACUCGGUCAUCUGGCUGCUCCGAUUCCCCGUGCUCGGCGAGACGAACCUGAAGCAGUACUGUGCGGACCGGGGCAUCAACCCGAAUAGGCUGUGUUUCACGAACGUCGCCGUCAAGGAGGAGCAUGUUCGGCGAGGUCAGCUGGCUGAUGUGUGCUUGGAUACACCGCUUUGCAACGGGCACACCACAGGGAUGGACGUGCUGUGGUCGGGGACGCCGAUGGUGACAAUGCCGCUGGAGACGUUGGCUUCCCGGGUUGCAGCAUCUCAGCUCUACACCCUCGGCGUGCCCGAACUGGUCGCCAAGGACCGACAGGCUUACAUCGACAUUUCCGUCCGGCUAGGAAACGAUCGCGACUACCUGCUCCACAUGCGCAACAGGGUUUGGAAAGCGCGCCACACAUCGACGCUCUUCAACGUCAAGCAGUUCUGCACCGACUUCGAGACGCUGGCUUACGCGAUUUGGAAUCGCCACACGGCCGGGGAGCAUGACCACGUCACCGACCUUUCCGGGCCCGAAAUCGACUUC